CAACAGGUAUCCUUGGUUGUUGUUGUGCGAACUGCCGCAGUUCACAUGGGGUAAACAACCCAAACGUAUGUUUGGAGGAGCUGAUUUGUAUCACCUGGAUAUGCAUAGUUUGUGAAGAGCAAAGAUGACUUCUGACGCAGAGAGAGAUAGAGCUUAUGGCAGUUACAGCAGCAUUGGUCCUAUCAAGGAGAAGAACAAAGUAAUAAAAUGUAACUCACAACCCUUUUUAAAGCCAAGUUUUGCUCAGCGGACGGAACGGCUUAUGAAAAAAGUCUGCCAAAAACUACACUCAAAGAGUGUGGAUCCCACUGCACCGGAACCUGUGGACUUCACCCUGGAUGAAUCUAAACUCAUCCUCAGAGAGAUUGCUCAGGAACUGGACCGGAUAAUGCAGACGAGAGAUCUUUCACUGUCAACCAAUGUCUGUGAAGAUGAGUCUAGUCUGGAGGAGCGACAGGCAUUCCUUCUUCAGUUGGCUCAGAACCUCCCGCCACGAGCACAUGCCCCAGAGAUGCUCCAAGGACAAACAGCAGUGUUGAGCCCAUGCAAUAAUGGGCUGGAGGAGAACAGGGGAGAAGCUUGUACAUCAAAGCCUGAAGAGGACAAAGGACUAAAGAAGGCCAUUGGUGAACUUUCUACAUGGACGUGGACUCUGAGAGGGAUGGAAGACGACUCGGUCUGUCUGGAUACGGAUGUGGCUGAGGUGGUGAAAGAGAUGUGCAAACUGUGGAAGAAGGGCAAACUGCCCAACAUACUCCCUGUGCUGGACUUUGUUAUCUUGAGUAUCCUGCAGCAGGAAGGACAAAAGCUGUCUAUUGCAAAACAUUGGAAUAGAAAUCAAGAGCUCUUCAACAGUAAAGCUGAUCCACAACAUGUUCCUGAUUCUAUAUGGAAAUGGAUUACCAAGACUAGAGCUGAGGUCCGACUAGACCCGUCUACCGCAAACCCGUGUCUGAAGAUAUCCAAAGACAGGAGAGGGUUAAAAAUGGACGAGAUCGUGGAGAUCGUCUACGACCCAUGGAAAGACUUCAGAAGAACCAAACACCGAUAUGACGGCUGGUGGUGCGUGUUGGGCAGAGAGGGCUUUGCUUCCGGAAAGCACUACUGGGAGGUGGAUGUCGGAGGCAAGACGGAUUGGAGGGUGGGGGUGGUCAGGGAGUCAGCUCCCCGAAAUGGCUUUAAAAGCCUGAACCCGAAAACCUAUCACUGGACUUUGAAAUUGCAAAGUGGCCGGCUCAUGGCCAUGACGGUUCCAGUCACUAAGCUAGCCAGAUGUGCACCCAGUGUGUUGGGUGUGUUCCUUGACAUGGAGCAGGGAAAUGUGUCCUUCUACGAUGUGACAAACAGGUUCCACAUCUACUCGUUCAGUUUCGAUCUCGAUACAAAGAUUUUCCCUGUGUUUGGCACCGUUGAGAUGGGGAGAGAGAUGCGCAUCUUGAAUUGAAAUGAAUUGCACUGCAUUAAGAUGUGUAUAUCAAUAGCACUUAUAUAUAUUAUAAGAACAAAGCAUAGUUGUUGUAUGAGCUUUAAAAAUACUUUUUGCCCUAUUCCUGAAAGCCGGAACAGCCUUUGCUACAUUUCAUUUGUUGUUGUUGAUCACACAUCACACAUGUUGGUCCAAUCAUUUAAACCAAUCUCAUGCAUACAAGCUACUUAAAAAAUCAGAACUCACAGACUACUUUUAACUACCGUUAAAAGUAUUCAAGUAGGUUUACUAAAACAUUUUCUUUAAAUGUGUACAUAAUAAGACUAAUGCUUUCUUCUCUUACACAGAGAGACACUAUUCAGCUGGGCCAGUUCAUGGCCAUGACGUUGCCAGUCACUAAUGGUUUCACUUUGUUUGGCACCAUAGACAUAUGGGGAUACACAUCUCACAAUUACACCGCUUUGUGUGGUCACAUGAAUUGGCACAACUGAAAUUAAAGUCAUAUUAGGCCAAUAACCAAUGACGUUACCACCACAAUGCAUGAGACUUGUUGGAAUUAUUGAACUGGGUGUGAUAUCACGCAAGAGAAAUGGAAUGCAAAGCAGUGCAGCUUCUUGGAAGACAGAAAGAUUAGCUGUGUGCGUUAUCGCUCCUUUCCAACCGCAUCACUGCCUAAACAAGUGAGCCAUACAAAUAUAUUAACCUUGAAAUUCUGAGUAUUUUUUUUAUUUAUCUUGGGUAAAAAAAAAAUAUAUAUUGAAAUCCUGCGUAGAAUAGUUAACUUUGACAUUUAUCUACAGCAAGUUAUACUUUAACCACCCCACCUUUAGUUUGUAAGCAUCCAUGUAUCCUUUACAAAAUGUAAAACUUCUGAACCCCUGUUCCACCACCAGGGGUUUGAGCACUAGUGAUGACCAGACAUGUCCCUCGCACGCUCAUCGACAGCCGCACUCGUCCACCACCAUGUCCUGGGGGGUAUUCCAUCAACCAAGCUAAAGGCAAAGCCGGGCUUAUUUCUCUUAGCCUCGCUACUUUCAGCUAGAGUUGUGUUCCAUCAACGUGACGUAAGGGAAUCUCCGCUAAGUAACCAUGGCAAUUUAUCCGACCAAAUGAACCUGGUCGGUACCAGGCUAACUGUCAGGCUUACUUGAGCUGUGUUCUAGAGAAGUCCCAUCUGUCAGAAACAAGUGUACCAUCAGAAGGUAACGCAAAGCCUAGUCCUCACGAUUUAGUCAUAAAUGUAUAUAUAUGAAGUACAAACAGCCUAUAUUUUCAGUAAGGGUCUAAAAUUAAAUGAUGCAAAUGAAAUAAAUCAACGAAUUGCUAUCUAUUGUUAUUGUGGAUAUUUUCUAAACACAUUUUCAGACAAAUUAAUGUAUUGUAUAAAAAUUCGGAACCAGAAGUUGGGUGAGUGGUCUAGUAUCUGCCCUGUAGUACGGGCGACCCGAGUUAGCGUCCUGGGCAGGUCAUUGAAUUCUUGCUGUUGGCUUAUUUUUGUAAUUUCCUUUAUAUCAGAGUAAUUAGGCCUAACAAUUGACUUUUUACAUAAUAAAUAUGUCUUACAAUA